UCCUAACAGCACCCUGAGGCUCAUUACACCAUUACAGGACCUGAGAGCGGCGCGGAGCGGAGCUGAAAGCUACACUAAGAUGGGGAAACUGUACCAGGUGGUGGUGAACGGACUGAGGGGGGAGAAGGUGGUGGUCGACCUGUGCAACACUGACGAACAGUUUCAGAGCAUGAAGGUGCAGCAGCUGAUCGACAAGGUGUCAGAGAAGCUUCCACAGAGCGCAGGAGAGGAAGGGAUGGCUCUGAUCUUCACAGAUAAAAGGCUGGAUGAAAAGACGAAGCUGCUGUCUGAAUAUGGGAUCCAGCACAUGUCGGUGCUCCUCAUGGUGAUAAAGGUUCCUGGAGGACUGACCGUCUGACCGACUCUUCUUCUUCUUCUUCUUCUUCUUCUCUUCCUGCUGCUCUUCACACAUUUUAAAGCUCUAACGCUGUGGUGGCUGUUUUAAUGCAAAAACUUUUACACAUUCCCAAGUUUUAAAAAAUAAAAAAUGUUCUGUGUUUAAUGCCUCAUAUUCGCCUUUUUAUAUUUUCCAUAUUAGAGCCUGUAAUGAGGAACAGCAAUAGAAAUAAUAAUAAGAA